AUGGCGCACAAAUUAGUAUCGUGUAGUGCCUGUGUGCUGGUGGUGCUGGUCGUGUUAAGUACAGUGAGCGUAUCAAGGCAGGCGUCGCUUUCGCUACGGGUUUUAUCGCGUGGUGAGCGAUCAGUUAUCAACCAAACGCACAGCAAUGGGACGUGCGAAGGCAAUACACCGUGCGGUUGGGCAGUUUACGUCCCGUCGACAAGAGCCAUCGAAAACUUCAUGAAAAAUACGUGCGAUUGUGAGAAUCAGCUGCAGUGCGUCCGAACGGAUGAUGAUGUGUCGAUCAGUGCGUACGUCUACCGCUGUCGGGAGCAUCCGCCGAAGGCAAAGUCUGUACCCGCGUCCUGA